CAAAACUAACAAGUCCAUCAAAUACAAACAUAGACUCCACGAUGGCUGGAGGAGGAGGAGAGCUCACGGCGGCUUUGUUGAAAAAGACGUUUGAGAACGGCGGAGAAGAAAAGGAUGAGUUAGGGUUGAAGGAAAAGGUUUGGAUAGAAUCAAAGAAGCUAUGGGUUGUGGCGGCCCCAUCGAUCUUCACGAAAUUCUCUACGUACGGAGUUUCAUUGGUAACUCAAGGUUUCGUUGGCCAUCUUGGCCCAACCGAGUUGGCCGCUUACUCUAUCACCUUCACCGUUCUCCUCCGUUUCAGUAAUGGUAUCUUGUUAGGUAUGGCCAGUGCACUAGGAACAUUAUGUGGUCAAGCCUACGGAGCCAAACAAUACCAUAUGCUCGGGAUCUACCUCCAAAGGUCAUGGAUCGUCCUCACAGGUUGUACCAUUUGCAUCAUGCCCGUCUUCAUCUUCUCAGGCCCUAUUCUCUUAGUCUUAGGUCAAGAGGAACGCAUUGUUCGUGUGGCUCGGGUCAUAGCCCUAUGGCUCAUAGGCAUCAACUUCACCUUCGUACCCGCCUUCACUUGCCAAAUAUUCCUCCAAUCUCAGAGCAAGAACAAGAUCAUCGCCUAUGUGUCUGCUGUCACCUUAGGGCUCCAUGUUUUCUUCUCGUGGCUCCUAGUGGUUCAUUUCAAUUUCGGGAUCACUGGUGCUAUGACCUCUACUCUAGUUGCGUUCUGGUUGCCUAACAUUGUGCAGCUCUUAUUCGUCACGUGUGGUGGGUGUAAGGACACAUGGAAAGGAUUCACUAUGUUGGCCUUUAAAGAUUUAUGGCCCGUCUUCAAACUAUCUUUGUCUUCCGGUGGAAUGGUUUGCUUGGAGUUAUGGUACAACUCGAUAUUAGUAUUGCUCACUGGAAACAUGAAAAACGCAGAGGUGGCUCUUGAUGCACUAGCAAUCUGCAUCAACGUAAAUGCACUGCAGAUGAUGAUAUCACUUGGGUUUUUGGCAGCAGUAAGUGUAAGAGUGUCCAACGAGCUCGGUAUGGGAAACUCCAAAGGAGCCAAAUUUGCAACAUUGAUAGCGGUUUUCACGUCACUCUCUAUAGGAAUAGUUCUGUUCUUUGUCUUCUUGUUUCUAAGGGGAAGAAUUUCCUACAUUUUCACUACAAGUGAAGCUGUCGCAGCCGAAGUUGCCGAUCUUUCUCCACUCUUAGCAUUUUCCAUCCUCCUGAAUAGUAUUCAACCCGUUCUCUCUGGAGUGGCGGUCGGAGCGGGAUGGCAAGGAUAUGUGGCUUACGUUAACCUUGCUUGCUAUUACCUUCUCGGAAUUCCUGUUGGUGUGAUCCUUGGUUACGUUGUUGGUUUGCAAGUCAAAGGUGUAUGGAUCGGAAUGCUUUUUGGAAUAUUUGUUCAGACUUGUGUGCUUACCAUCAUGACUCUCAGAACAGAUUGGGAUCAACAGGUAUCUACGUCGUUGAGAAAUAUAAACCGGUGGGUUGUACCAGAAUCUAGAGAUGCAAACCAAAUUUCAUCAGAGGAAUAAUUAACAUAUGAUGUAUUUAAAGAUUAUGAUGAUAUUCUUUUGGGGUAUAGUUAUUUGUUUUUGCUUUCUUUUGUUUAAGUAGAAUAUACAUUUGUUUUUGUU